AUGGCCUCGAGUUUUAAAGAUGGUGUCAUGGAGUGUAAGAUUGCCAGAGAGAAAACUGGACAAGGUGAUAAAGACGUAUAUGAUCUUACUAAAGAUUGGAAAGUAAUGGUAACGUAUGGUGCGGCUGCUCCAGGAUACAGGAAAAAUCCCCAUGACGAUUCACUAACUUGGAUUACAGAGAAUACAGUUGAUUUUCAAAAAGCUGUUGAUGUUGCCAAUGUUCCUGUAACUUAUCCUCUUGUAAAAGCACACGCUUGUUUGAUGGUUAUUGCAUGGUUGGCAACAGCAGCUUCCGGUUUAUUGACGGCCAGAUAUAUGAAACCAUACUGGGCCACAAACACCAUUCAGGGAAUGAAAGUGUGGUUUUGGCUCCAUCGGACGUCAAUGGUUUUAACAUUGGUAUUAACAUCAGUUGGUUUCGGUUUGAUUUUUAUCCAAAUUAAAGAUUAUAGUGAGAUCAGUGGACCAUUCUAUCAAAAGGCACAUCCUAUAUUGGGAAUAAUAGUCACCAUUUUAGUCUACAUCAAUGCUAUCAUGUCUAAAUUUAGAAAACCACCAGGAACACCUUAUCGACCAUUGUUCAAUUUUGGACAUUUCUUUGUUGGAACCGGUUCUUACAUACUUGCCAUCUUAACGAUAUUUUCUGGUGUUGAACUUAAAAAGCUGAAGUUACCGAUUGAAAGUUACACUAUACUGAUCAUUUAUUGUGUUCUGAUCUUCUGUGGUUACUCUAUGAUUGAAAUGAUACCUAAAUUACCAGAGAAAAAGGCAAAAGAUGAGAAUAUUGAAAUGGAUGAUCCAACAACAAACGAGCCUGAAGAGGUUAAAAAACCAAAAACAAGAGACCAUCAGAAGAAACUAGUACUGGUAAUACACCUGUUGGCUGCAUGGGCUAUUACAAUAGCUCUUCUAUACUUCAUUAUUAUUAACUGAAGCCAUGCUGUAUCGUGUCGUAGCUCAUGCUUAGAUGGCAUAGUUACUGGUUCUCCCCUUAUUGAAGUUCCGUAUUGCAUCCGCCAGUUGGAUAUAUGAGACGUCAAUUGCUCACCGAGGCAAAUAUCUCGGUCAUAAUUUAUGAGAGCUCAUACUUAGGAGGUAUAGCUUACAACAGAAAUCAUGCAUGGAUUUGAAAGCAUUUACCACAUGAUAUCGUCGUUUAUAAUCUAUCAUAGCCAAUAUAAUAUAUAAGGCGAUCGUUUUUGAUAAUCCUUUACGAGAUCAGAUAUAAAUGUAUUGUAUUUUAAGUGGAAUAAUUGAAUAAAGCGACUAGAUAACUAUUAAA